AGGAACCGCCGCCAUUUUGCCCCUCCCUCAUCCCCGUUCCCUUCUCCCGUCAUGGCGCUGGUCUCGGCCGAUUCCCGCAUCGCGGAGCUGCUGGGGGAGCUGCACCAGCUCAUUAAACAGACGCAGGAGGAGCGCUCCCGCAGCGAACACAACCUGGUGAACAUCCAGAAAACCCACGAGCGGAUGCAGACCGAGAACAAAAUUUCCCCCUAUUACCGCACCAAGCUCCGGGGGCUCUACACCACAGCCAAGGCUGAUGCUGAGGCCGAGUGCAACGUUCUCCGGAGAGCUCUGGAUAAAAUCGCCGAGAUUAAAUCGCUGCUGGAGGAGCGGCGCAUUGCGGCAAAAAUCGCCGGGAUUUACAGCGAGGCGGAGCCGCCAAGGAAGACGAUGAGGAGGGGGGUGCUGAUGACGCUGCUGCAGCAGUCGGCCAUGACGCUGCCGCUGUGGAUUGGGAAACCCGGAGAAAAACCCCCUCCCCUGUGCGGGGCCGUCCCGGCCGCCGGCGAUUACGUGGCCAAACCCGGGGACAAAGUGGCCGCCAGGGUGAAGGCGCUGGAAGGGGACGAGCAGUGGAUCCUGGCCGAGGUGGUCAGCUACAGCCACGCUGCCAACAAGUACGAAGUCGAUGACAUCGAUGAGGAAGGAAAAGAGCGCCACACCCUCAGCCGCCGCCGCAUCAUCCCCCUGCCCCAAUGGAAAACCAACCCGGAGACCGAUCCCGAGGCUCUGUUCCACAAGGACCAGCUGGUGCUGGCCCUGUACCCCCAAACCACCUGCUUCUACCGGGCCCUCAUCCACGCCCCGCCCCAGCGCCCCCAGGACGAUUAUUCAGUGCUUUUCGAGGACACCUCCUACGCCGAUGGUUACUCCCCGCCCCUGAACGUGGCCCAGCGCUACGUGGUGGCCUGCAAGGAGACCAAAAAAAAGUGAAAUUUUGGGUAAAACGAACCAAAAUUCAGGAAAAAUUACCCAAAAUUUGAAAAGAGUGGUUUGGAAUUGGUGUUGGGCUAGGGAAUGGGAUUUUUGGGGGGUAAAAAUGGGAUUUAUUGGGGGGAAAAAAGGAAAAAAAUAUUAUUUUUGUAAUGGGGAAAAUUGGAAAUUUUUGGCAGGAAAUUGGGACUUUUAAGGGUAAAACAUGGGAAGUUUUAGGCGGGAAAAUUGGGAUUUUUUGGGGGGGAAAUAAAAGGUAAUUUCAUAGAGAAAAACAACGGUUUCAUGAAGAAAAAGUUGGGGAUUUUUUGGCAAAAAAAUUGGGAUUUUU